AGAAGGCCGCUCGGGCGGCUUCAGCUUAGCUGGUUUCUCCGCGCUGGUGGGCUCGCGGCCGGCGGGCCGGCCCCUCCGCCGCAGCCGCCAUGUCCAUGAAGGGCCGCUUCCCGAUACGCCGCACCCUGCAGUACCUGGGCCAGGGGGACGUAGUGUUCAAGGAGUCGGUGAAGGUCAUGACGGUGAACUACAACACGCACGGGGAGCUGGGCGAGGGCGCCAGGAAAUUUGUGUUUUUCAACAUACCUCAGAUCCAGUACAAGAACCCCUGGGUACAGAUCAUGAUGUUUAAGAACAUGACGCCAACACCCUUCCUGCGGUUCUAUUUAG